CGCCUUCUCGGGGUGGCCCGGGCAUUGGGCCCCGGGCACCUGCAAAGCUCCAGAAGACCCACGCGCGGACCACUACGCUGGGGUCACCGAGGGAACCAGCAGGUCUGGAAGCUUCUCCAGUCCCCUUCCCUUGGCCAUCUGGAGUACAGGCUGUGGCUGCUCUGGGGAACAUUCCCGUGGGACUCAGUGUGCUGACAGCCGUGAGAUCCAGCCACCAUGCCACGCAGCCCCACAUCCAGCGAGGACGAGAUGGCCCAGAGCUUCUCUGACUAUUCAGUGGGCUCGGAGUCAGACAGCUCCAAAGAAGAGAUCAUCUAUGACACCAUCCGGGCUGCUACAGAGAAGCCGAGCAGUGCGAAGAUGGAGGAGAACCAGGGCAACACGCUGGUGAUCCGAGUGGUCAUUCAUGAUCUGCAGCAGACGAAGUGCAUUCGCUUUAACCCCGACGCCACGGUAUGGGUGGCCAAGCAGAGGAUCCUGUGCACGCUGAACCAGGGGCUGAAGGAUGUCCUCAACUACGGGCUCUUCCAGCCUGCCAGCAACGGGCGCGAUGGCAAGUUCCUGGAUGAGGAGCGGCUGCUGAGAGAGUACCCACAGCCCACGGGCCAGGGGGUGCCUUCCUUGGAGUUUCGCUACAAGAAGCGCGUGUAUAAGCAGUCCAGCCUGGAUGAAAAGCAGCUUGCCAGACUCCACACAAAGACCAAUCUGAAGAAAUUCAUGGACCACACUCAGCAUCGCUCGGUGGAGAAACUGGUCAAGUUGCUGGACCGAGGCCUGGAUCCCAAUUUCCAUGAUCUGGAGACUGGAGAGACGCCCCUGACCCUGGCCGCCCAGCUGCAUGACUCCAUGGAGAUCAUCAAAGUGCUCAGAAAUGGCGGUGCACAUCUGGACUUCCGUGCCAGGGACGGGAUGACUGCCCUUCACAAGGCCGCCAGGGCAAGGAACCAGGUUGCCCUGAAGACCCUUCUAGAGCUUGGUGCCUCCCCUGAUUACAAGGACAGCUACGGCCUCACACCGUUAUAUCACACAGCCAUCGUCGGGGGCGACCCUUACUGCUGUGAGCUCCUUCUGCACGAACAUGCGACCGUGUGCUGUAAGGAUGAAAACGGUUGGCAUGAGAUCCACCAGGCCUGCAGGUAUGGUCACGUCCAGCAUUUGGAGCACCUGCUUUUCUAUGGCGCGGACAUGAGUGCACAGAACGCCUCAGGGAACACAGCCCUGCACAUCUGUGCUCUCUACAACCAGGACAGCUGUGCCAGAGUGUUGCUGUUUCGGGGUGGAAAUAAGGAAUUAAAAAACUACAACAGCCAGACGCCAUUUCAGGUGGCUAUCAUAGCGGGGAACUUUGAACUUGCCGAGUACAUCAAGAACCAUAAGGAAACAGACAUUGUACCCCUUGUGCCAACCAGGAGGGCCAUCUCUGGGGCUCCUCCCCGCUCCCACCGCCCUACCAUGGGCUGGGCCCAGUCUUGCACAGUGGAUGAGCCGACUGGCCUGCGCCCUCCAGCACUGGGCUUCCACAGGACCUGCAGCGGGGAGCAAUCCCACUGGACCAGCAGUGUGCCCUUCCGAGAGACCCCGGCUUACUCCAACCGCAGGCGCCGGCCCCCCAACACGUUGGCCGCCCCCCGGGUCUUGCUGCGUUCCAACAGCGACAACAACCUCAAUGCCGGUGUGCCCGAAUGGGCCGUCUGCGCCGCGGCCGCCUCCCACCGCAGCCUCUCACCUCAGCUGCUGCAGCAGACCCCCGGCAAGCCCGAUGGAGCUCCAAGGAGCCUUGGAAGCUACACCCCCGGCCCCCGAAGCCGCUCCCCCUCACUCAACAGGCUGGGUGGCACCGGAGAGGACGGCAAGAGGCCCCAGCCACAUUGGCACGUGGGGUCACCCUUCUCUCCUGGUGCCACCAAGGACUCCCUCUCGACCUUCGAGUACCCAGGGCCCAAGCGGAAGCUGUAUAGUGCCGUGCCCGGAAGGCUCUUCGUCGUUGUCAAGCCAUACCAACCCCAAGUUGACGGCGAGAUCCCCCUUCACCGAGGCGACAGAGUCAAAGUUCUGAGCAUCGGUGAAGGAGGCUUCUGGGAAGGCAGCGCCCACGGCCACAUCGGAUGGUUCCCGGCUGAGUGUGUGGAGGAGGUGCAGUGCAAGCCCCGGGACAGCCAGGCAGAAACCCGUGCAGACCGCAGCAAGAAACUCUUCCGGCACUAUACGGUGGGCUCCUAUGACAGCUUCGACACAUCCGGCGACUGCAUUAUCGAGGACAAGACGGUGGUCCUGCAGAAGAAAGACAGCGAGGGCUUUGGCUUCGUGCUCCGAGGGGCAAAAGCCGACACCCCCAUUGAGGAGUUCACGCCCACACCGGCUUUCCCAGCCCUGCAGUACCUGGAGUCAGUGGAUGAAGGUGGAGUAGCAUGGCAAGCCGGACUAAGGACUGGGGACUUCUUGAUCGAGGUUAACAAUGAAAAUGUCGUCAAGGUCGGCCACAGGCAGGUGGUGAACAUGAUCCGCCAGGGAGGCAAUCACCUCGUCCUUAAAGUCGUCACGGUGACCAGGAAUCUGGACCCUGAUGACACUGCGAGGAAGAAAGCUCCCCCACCUCCGAAACGGGCGCCGACCACGGCCCUUACCCUGCGUUCCAAGUCUAUGACUGCGGAGCUGGAGGAGCUCGGCCUCUCACUAGUGGACAAAGCCUCGGUCCGGAAGAAGAAGGAUAAACCGGAAGAGAUAGUCCCGGCCUCCAAGCCCUCCCGGACUGCGGAAAAUGUGGCUGUGGAGUCGAGGGUGGCGACCAUCAAGCAGCGGCCCACCAGCCGGUGCUUCCCGGCAGCCUCGGACAUGAACUCUGUGUACGAGCGCCAAGGGAUCGCUGUGAUGACGCCCACCGUCCCCGGGAGCCCGAAAGGCCCAUUUCUGGGCCUCCCUCGAGGUAGGAUGCGAAGGCAGAAAUCGAUAGACAGCAGAAUCUUUCUAUCAGGGAUAACGGAGGAAGAGAGACAGUUUCUGGCUCCCCCGAUGCUGAAGUUCACCCGAAGUUUGUCCAUGCCGGACACCUCCGAGGACAUACCCCCUCCACCACAGUCUGUGCCCCCGUCGCCCCCUCCACCAUCCCCCACCACCUACAAUUGUCCCAAGUCCCCGACUCCGAGAGUCUAUGGGACAAUUAAGCCUGCGUUCAGCCAGAACCCCGCCAAGGUGUCCCCGGCCACCAGGUCCGACACGGUGGCCACCGUGAUGAGGGAGAAGGGCAUGUUCUACAGGAGGGAGCUCGACCGCUUCUCCCUGGAUUCAGAGGAUGUCUACAGCCGCAGCACCACCCCGCAGGCCGCCUUCCGCACCAAGCGGGGCCAGAUGCCCGAGAAUCCGUACUCGGAGGUGGGGAAGAUCGCCAGCAGGGCUGUCUACGUCCCUGCCAAGCCAGCCAGGCGGAAGGGCAUGCUGGUGAAGCAGUCCAACGUGGAGGACAGCCCCGAGAAGACCUGCUCCAUCCCCAUCCCCACCAUCAUCGUCAAGGAACCUUCUACCAGCAGCAGCGGCAAAAGCAGCCAGGGCAGCAGCAUGGAGAUCGACCCCCAGACCACCGAGCCGGGCCAGCUGCGGCCGGACGACAGCCUCACCGUCAGCAGCCCCUUCGCCGCAGCCAUCGCCGGGGCCGUGCGGGACCGGGAGAAGCGGCUGGAAGCCAGGAGGAACUCUCCGGCCUUCCUCUCCACCGACCUGGGAGACGAGGAUGUGGGUCUGGGGCCCCCCGCCCCCCGGAUGCGACCCUCCAAGUUCCCCGAGGAGGGCGGGUUCGGUGACGAGGAUGGCGCCGAGCAGCCGCUCUCGCCCACCCCCAGGGCGGCGCCCAGGGAGCUGGAGAACCACUUCCUGGGUGCCGGUGAGGCCGGUGCUCAGGGGGAGACCGGGAGGCCCCUGAAUUCCACAUCCAAAGCCAAGGGCCCCGAGAGCGGCCUGCCGGCUGCCCCCAAGAGCGGCAGCCCAGCCGGCCCCGAGAACUACGUCCACCCGCUCACCGGGCGGCUGCUCGACCCCAGCUCCCCGCUGGCCCUGGCCCUGUCGGCCAGGGACCGAGCCAUGCAGGAGUCCCAGCAGGGGCCCAAGGGGGAGGCCCCCAAGGCUGACCUCAAACCCCUCUACAUCGAUACCAAAAUGCGGCCCGGCGUGGAGUCCGGCUUCCCGCCGGUCACCAGGCAGAACACCCGGGGGCCCCUGCGGCGGCAGGAGACGGAGAACAAGUACGAGACGGAGCUGGGCAAGGACCGGAGGGCCGAAGACAAGAAAAACAUGCUGAUCAACAUCGUGGACACGGCCCAGCAGAAGUCAGCCGGCCUGCUGAUGGUGCACACGGUGGACGUGGUCAAGGCAGGGCCCCCGCUGGAGGAAGAGGAGGAGCAAGAGGACGGGGACACGAAGCCAGAACUCUCAGCCUCCACAGUGCCGGAAGGCGUUUCCGAAACCGAAGGUGCUUUACAGAUCGCCGCCGCCCCAGAGCCCAACGCCACCGCCACGCCCAGCAGGACCAUGGUGGCAGCGGGCUCCGUGGAAGAGGCGGUGAUCCUGCCAUUCCGAAUCCCUCCUCCCCCCCUGGCAUCCGUGGACCUGGAUGAGGACUUUAUUUUUACAGAGCCAUUGCCUCCUCCCCUGGAAUUUGCAAAUAGUUUUGAUAUCCCCGACGACCGAGCUGCUUCUGUCCCCGCUCUCACUGACCUGGCCAAGCAAAAGAAAAACGACACCCCUCAGCCCCCUUCCUUGAACCCCAGCCAGCCAGCUAACUCCACAGACGGCAAGAAGCCAUCCGGCCUUUCAAACUGUCUGCCUGCCUCCUACCUGCCACCGCCCGAGAGCUUCGACGCCAUCACCGACUCCGGGAUCGAGGAGGUGGACAGCCGGAGCAGCAGCGACCACCAUCUCGAGACCACCAGUACCAUCUCCACCGUGUCCAGCAUCUCCACGCUGUCCUCCGAGGGCGGGGAGAGCAUGGAUCCAUGCACAGUCUAUGCAGACGGGCAAGCCUUUGUGGUCGACAAGCCCCCAGUACCUCCAAAGCCAAAAAUGAAGCCUCUCGUUCACAAAAGCAACGCACUUUAUCAAGACGCGCUCCCAGAAGAGGAUGCAGACGGCUUCGUGAUCCCUCCGCCCGCACCCCCGCCCCCACCGGGCAGUGCCCAGGCUGUCGUGGCAAAGGUCAUCCAGCCAAGGACCUCCAAAUUGUGGGGUGAUGUCACGGAGGUCAAAAGCCCGAUUCUCUCAGGCCCAAAGGCAAAUGUCAUUAGUGAAUUGAACUCCAUCCUACAGCAGAUGAACAGGGAGAAAUCAGCCAAGCCCGGAGAAGGGCUGGAGCUGCCAGUGGGAGCCAAGUCAGCCAGCCUCGCUCCAAGAAACCCGGAGGUCAUGAGCACCGUCUCAGGAACACGGAGCACAACAGUCACCUUCACUGUCCGCCCCGGAGCCUCCCAACCCAUUACCCUGCAGAGCCGGCCCCCCGACUAUGAAAACAGGACCUCAGGAAUGAGGCGUGCCCCAAGCCCUGUGGUCUCGCCAACAGAGCUGAGCAAAGAGAUCCUGCCUACCCCUCCGCCCGUGGCUGCGGCCUCUCCCUCUCCCACGCUCUCAGAUGUCUUCAGCCUUCCGAGUCAGUCCCCUGCAGGGGACCUAUUUGGCUUGAACCCAGCAGGACGCAGCAGGUCACCAUCUCCCUCGAUACUACAGCAACCAAUCUCAAAUAAGCCUUUUACAACUAAACCUGUCCACCUGUGGACGAAGCCAGACGUGGCUGACUGGCUGGAAAGCCUGAACUUAGGUGAACACAAAGAGACCUUCAUGGACAACGAGAUUGACGGCAGUCACCUCCCGAACCUCCAGAAGGAGGACCUUAUAGAUCUGGGGGUAACUCGAGUAGGGCAUAGGAUGAACAUAGAAAGGGCUUUGAAACAGCUGCUUGACAGAUAAGGGUGACUGCCCCGGGCCUUCACAGACUUCUAUGUUAUAAGUAGAGAUGGGCUUAUGCUGAAAUGUGUGGUGACCAAGCAGGGGCUGUGAGCACCAAUCCCAUCGCGUGGGUCUGUCUCUGGGUGCCCAAACAAGUGCUGAGGGUGUCCUCGGUGUGGCCGAGCCAAGGCCCCCAAACCCCAGCUGUCCACGUGAGUUUCUGUCCAAGGGUACGGGAGGGGGGUUUCUGUCCUGGUCCCAGAGGCUCCCAGAUGACAGCAUGGGGGACCCUCUUCUGUGGUCAGGCACCAGUGUGUUCCAGAUACCUCCUGAGGCCUCCCUCUGCCCUCUGAGCAGCUCUAACCCCAAGGCCCUGGCACAUGCCUUUCUUCAGGCCUGUGGCCUCUGGGUGGCCUCACUGGCUCCUGUCCCUCCCCAUGUUCAGCUUGCAGUGGGUCUGGCAAGUUAGCAAAAUGCUGUCCCAACUGCCUUUGUUGCCUGACUCCUGUGACGUGCAUCUGAGCCACAAGGUCCUUGACCAUAGUGGCUGUGUGGAUGGGAUCAUGCCUAGCUCGUUUAGCUUUCUUUAUUUCUGAAAAUCCAUUAGCAUAAUUCCAAGGUGGCCAAACUGACGACGUCACACGGUGUUAGUCAAAGCACAAAGUCAAGAUCCUGAGGAGGAAGGCGGCCUGGCUGCAGAGUCGGCUGGAGUGUGGCGGCCGAGCCCACAGCUUCCUCCCGGACAAGAGCAGGUGUCCAGGAGCAUCUGCCCAGGAGAGAGGUGGGGGCUCUGUGUCUCCCCAAACUUCUUUUAAUUAGAUGUUUGCUGAGCUCUGCAAAGAUGGGAGUGGGUUAACAUCCUCCCUGACACGAAGGCCAGGAAGACACACAGCUCGUGGUAAGCAUGGCUGCCAUGGUGGCGCUGUAUCCUAGUGAGAGCUGGUGCAGUUGCCACUGCCUCCCUGCAGGCGGGGCCGAGGCUGAGCAGCCUGCCCGGGCAGUCCUUGGGUUCUAGAGGCCAGGAAGGUAGAAUUUAGGGGCCUUUCUCCCGUCUCUCAGAUGUUGGGAGAUAUCCCGACAGCUUGUCUUAAUGGGAUCUCGGAGGAGCCUGUGGUCAGGGGGUGUGGACAGGACCCGGGAGGAAGUGGGAUGUGGGUUCAUGUGGAAGGAAAGGGGAGCGUCCUGGACCACAGCCUCACCGCAGGCUCAAUCAUCGGAGCCUGUUCUCUUGCUCCCCAAGUCCCUCCCUUCCUACACGAUACCUCUAACAUCCCAGGGAGGCCGCCGACUGCACAGGGCCACCACACCGCCAGCCAGGCUCCCGCACUGUCCCCGCACUCAGAGGAGACAAAUGGCAGGUACAUGGUUUUGCUGCUGUUUCAGAACUGGCCCGGCCCAUCUCUAAUUAUAAAACAGGAAUAUAUUUUUUUCCUUUUUUUUUUUUUUUUUUUCCUUUUGCUCACGACCAUGCAUCUGGUGAGUUCUGGAACAACUAACUCUAGAAUGAACACAUAAAAUUUAGCAACUUAAAAAUCUCUUUCUUUACUGCAAGUUUAAAUAGAUGUACAGAUAGUUUAUAAGCACAAUGUUUUAAGAAAAAAAAAGCAGCAGGUCAAUUCAGCAACCUUUGUGCGACGUCAGUGCUAGAAAGUCAAAGGAAAAAGUAAACUUCUGUGAUCUGACAAAGCUUUUCCAUGAGAUAGUUCCACAAGGCCGACUUCUUUGAAAUCGACCUUCGGCAGACUCGUCUGGGCCUGCAGCAGUGUCUCUUUUUCUGUCUUUGCUAAAAUUUUGCUGAAGGACAGUUACGUCUUCAAACAGGGUUCCAGUUCACAAGGCAGCAGUUCCUCGAAAUACAAAACCAAACCGCACCCCCACGCACCUGCACCGUGCCCUUGAUUCGGAAACCAGGCCUUUGACUCUUACUGUUCCAAAACCCUUUGCAGGUCCAUCCGUCCUGAUCUGCCAAUCAACCUAGCGACUGGGAACCAGGUGAACGACAGGCACCCUGCUUUGUUUUGCUUUUCCGCCAUAAGAUGAACGAGGUCCGCUCUAGAGAAACUCCAGACACCACAGGCAGCAGGCGAGGUCUCAGAGAGAGGAGAGGUGGUCCUGCCACUCAUUUGUCUUCCAUUGGGUGGUUCCUCCAAGUCCCCUCAAUGUACCACAUCACCAGGCCCCUUUCCUUGGCCUCCGGUUGGCAUUACCUCUGUGUUGGGUGCCAGGCAGACGCUGGGCAGGGGACCUGGUGGCUCUGGCCCUGCUAAUCCUGGACAGCCAGCAGCAGGUUACUAUUCCCUUAGACUUUUAGGCUACAUGCCACUAAGCUGGAGCUGACCGCCAGCCUCCAACCAAUGGGCCAGCUUUGCUUUGCAGUGUCUGGUCACAGAUUGGACCUACCAGAACCCACCCAGACCAACCGAGCAUGCGUGUUUCCAGGACAACUGGGUCUCCACCUCCGCCGGUUGGUUUUGCUAAGAAAGCAAUACUCCCCCGUGAAACGGCCACCCACUGCUCCCCUCCCCCCUUUGGGACACAUCAGGACAAGGCCCUACCCCGGGACCCUCUUCAGGGGUGGAUCAGAUGUUAAACUGCUCAUGUGAUCACUCUCCCAGGUUUUAAAAUCAACUUUUGUUAUAUACUGUAAUUUAAAUAACUGCAUUUACAUGCCUAGUUUCUGUAAUAUUGUGUAUACAAAACCAAAAUCUCUCAAGCUGUAAAUUGUGUAUACCUGCCAGGAUUCCCCUCCUCUGGGGUAUCCCUGUGCAUUUUAGGUUAAUUCAUACGAUAUAAAAUGUGACUAUUGACUUGCUGAACCUUUACAUAAGAAUUAUUUGUGAUACUUUAGUUAAUAAAACAGUGACUUUUUUCCU